AUGGGCUUCAUGUUUGUAAGGUUUUUAAGUUGUGAGAAGGUCCUCAAUACACUCCCCCAGGGAAGGCCCCGGGAGGGCUUCUCUGCCCCCUGCAGCCGGCUGGCCCUGCCUUUCCCCAGAGGCACCACGUGGCUGGAGGCCUCUGGGGGCGCGUGGGGAGCUCUGGAGGAUAGCCCCUAUGGCUCAGGAGGGUAUAAAAGGCCCAGUGGAGGACCUCCAGGCGCCAGCAGACUUCCAGCACCAGGACUGGACCACAGGACUCCACAGGCCAGAUGGCCUGUCCUCUUCUCCCCAGGAGCCAUGCUGCUGUGGCUGACCCUCGCCCUCCUGUUGAGCCCCACCUGCUGGGCACAGCAAGUGUAUGGGCGUGGAGGAGGUGACUAUUUCAGUACCUCUAGAGACUUCCAAAACGAUAUCACCGGGAUUCGAGUGUUCAUAGGUCCUCUGGGCCUAAUCAAGAGUAUCCAGGUGAGAUAUGGCUCUUCCUGGAGUGCGAAAUAUGGAGCCCCAGGUGGGACACCUCAGGAAACCAUUCUGCAACCAGAAGAACACAUUAUAGGAAUCUACGGCUCCUAUAAGAACUUCCUCCGCUACUUGGUCAUAUACACAGACCAAGGGAGGCAGUUCCUAUUUGGGAAGGAAGAUGGCAACACCUUUAUUGAAUUCCCUGAUGACAGUGACAAGGUGCUCACCAGAGUCUACGGCCACUACAGGCUUCUGGGCAUUACUAGCAUUGGCUUUGAAUGGGGUUAUCCUUCAUUCUUAAACAAAUAG